GACCUUGAGAUGGUUCAGGUUUUAGAGAGAGGGAGAGCUAUCGCUGAGAGAAAGCGAGGUAUAUGCGCCCUUUUUUCUGCCGUCUGGAUAAGGCACUGGCUAAAAUAUGGAUCUUAAUACAAUUUUUCCUGCGAUUCUCUUAAGAGGUUGUGAAAACUAUGAUAUUUAAAUCUGUCUGUCUCCUUUCAACCCGAGUCAACCUUACCGUUUUUGCGCAAAAUGGAUGCACGGAGUUUUGCCGUGACGAUCUUCUGGUUCGUGUUCUUGAGGGAGAACAGAAUGAGCAGGGCCAUGCUGAGUGAUAUUGGUGACUAUGUUGGCACAGACAUUGAAAUAUCCUGGUUGCCUAAUCUGGAUGAUUUAAUGAAAGGUUAUGCUCGGAACUUUCGCCCAGGGAUUGGAGGACCUCCUGUGAAUGUUGCCAUGGCCAUUGAAGUUGCCAGUAUUGACCAUAUCUCAGAAGCCAACAUGGAAUACACCAUGACCGUGUUUCUGCGGCAGAGUUGGAGAGAUGACCGUCUGUCCUUCAACCAUACAAACAAAACUCUAGGCCUGGACAGCCGCUUUGUGGACAAACUCUGGUUACCAGACACAUUCAUUGUUAAUGCCAAAUCAGCCUGGUUUCAUGAUGUUACUGUGGAGAACAAACUCAUACGCCUCCAGCCUGAUGGAGUCAUUCUCUACAGUAGUCGAAUUACUUCUACAACUGCAUGCGACAUGGACCUCACAAAAUACCCCAUGGAUGAACAGGAAUGCAUGCUAGACUUGGAAAGCUAUGGCUACUCUUCAGAAGACAUUGUGUAUCACUGGUCAGAGAGUCAGAAAGACAUCCAUGGGCUGGACAAAUUGGAGCUGUCCCAGUUCACCAUUACAGAUUAUCGCUUUGUCACGGAGCUGAUGAACUUUAAAUCUGCAGGGAGAUUUCCACGUCUCAGCUUAAGAUUUCAACUAAGGCGUAACCGAGGCGUAUACAUCAUCCAGUCCUACAUGCCCUCCAUCUUACUGGUUGCCAUGUCAUGGGUUUCAUUCUGGAUCAGCCAAUCAGCUGUGCCAGCAAGAGUGACUUUAGGAAUCACAACAGUACUCACCAUGACAACACUGAUGGUCAGUGCUCGUUCAUCGUUGCCCCGGGCUUCUGCCAUCAAAGCUCUGGAUGUGUAUUUCUGGAUCUGCUACGUCUUUGUGUUUGCUGCCUUGAUCGAAUAUGCUUUUGCUCACUAUAAUGCAGACUACAGCAAGAAGGAGAAAGCCAAAGUCAAGACGAAUAAGAGUGCAGAGUCCAUGGUAAAGAAUGGAAAGCAGGCCAUGGUUCUAUUUUCGCUUUCUGUGGCUGGCAUGAACCAGGGUCUCCUAGUCUCAAACAGGCAAAACAGGGCCCAGCGGGCCACUGACCCUCCUGGAGAUCUGCAUGAAGAGACUCGUGGCACUCAGUCCCGUCGGGCACCAAAAGAAACCAGUGAAAAGAAGAAAUGCUGCAAGUGUAAACCUAUUGAUGCUGAUACCAUUGAUAUCUAUGCUCGUGCUGUCUUCCCUAUUACCUUUGCUGUGGUAAAUGUCAUCUAUUGGGUGGCAUACACAAUGUAAAUUAUUAUAUUAUAAAAUUUUAAACUCUGCAUGUUUCGAGAUUCAAGAUUUUUAUUCGUCACAUACACAAUUAUAGAGCAUAUAUAACCAGCAAAUGUGAGUCAGGUCUGCUCCAUGGACAGUGCAAUUAUCAACAGUAUAUAAAUCAAUAAACGAUGUGACAACGGAACUACACAAUUAUUAUAAUAUGACAAUAUCUGGAUUAUUAUUGUUUAUCAAUAUGAUGAUGUAGUGUAGUAUUUUAGAAUAUGUUAAAUGCAUUAUGUUGAAUUCAGUUUUUUGGGAUGAAGGGGGGUUUUGUUGCAUUUUAGAAAACAUAGAUACAUACCUCUGCAUCUGUACAAACUUUGAUGCUUUACAAUGACAUUUCCUUGUAGCCUUCUAAGUACUGGUAUGAAUGAACUAAUGCAGAAUGUUUUACUGCUUUAUGAAUUAUUAUCUUGUAUUCAUUCCUACCUUCUUCAUAUUUAAAACAUUCUUCACAGAAAAGGUCAGCAUUUUUGUUGCAUCGGCAGACAUUACUGUAAAAAUGGAUUCAGUCUUUUUUUUAUGGAAAAUUACAAUAUCUGUGUUUUUUUUUUGCAAACUAAUAUUGUUCUCAAAUAAAAUUCAGAGCUGGAUGAAUUAUUAAUGUAAAAUUAGAUAUUCUUCUGUAUGCAUUCUCUUACAUAGUGUUUAUCAUAAAGUUUAGCAUUCUCCCAGCAACUGGGUUGAAAUACAAGCAAUGUUGUGGAAACCUUGCCCACAACUAAUGAUGUUAUGCAUGAGAUUUUGUAUCAGUAUUGCUGAUGAAUGUAGUGAUGUUAUUCUGAGAAGUUUAUCCCUUGUUCAAUAUCUUUUAUUUUGGCUUUUCUUUUGUCAGAGGCUGCUCUAAUUCUUCUUUUGUUCUGAAGUGCCACAUUUGUGCAGCUACAAAAUCUGUAAUUGUUGUGACAAUCAGCACAUUGUUUUUUUGUUUUUUGUUUUUGCAUUAAAAUGAACGUGAUUUAUUA